AUGUACGACCACGAGUGGAACCGACUGUCCCCCGAAGAAAAGCACGAAAGGCGAAGGGAGCACGGAACAUGGCCUGCCAGAUUCCUCAAGGCCCUCCGGUCUAAACUACACAAGAAGCAGUCCCCGGAGCAGAGAAUGGGCGCCACCGGCGAGCUCACCCGCCGCCGCCGUAUCCAGCUUCACUUCCUGGAACUGUACUUUUCUCCGCCCAUGGUCGCGAGGAUACGACCACACUUUCAACACUUUGCCGAGUACCAGCUGUCACUCUCUAGAUAUGUCCGGUACCGUUGCAAAGACAUGCUGCCCCGUGAGUUUUGGAACUUGCCGGCCCACUCGCCGAGCAGAAUGACGAAAGCCCGGCUUCUGCUUGUUGUCAGUCUGGUUUUCCACCCGGAUGUCAGCACUCAGAUUGCUUCCAACAUUGAAGAGUUCGAUGGAAUUGCAGGUAUAGAGUGUACGGAAGCAUUCAUUGGCGAGACUGCUUUGCGAGAUUGGUUGAAGUACCUGCUUGACUACACCCUGUCAGGGCUGGCUGGCGCAGGUUGUCCCUUUCUCAGAUAUGAUGAAGCAGCGUGGUCUAGUACUGACGAUGAGGGCAAUCCUAAGGACCUACACCCGGGACUUAAUCCGGCCUUUCUCGAGUUUAUCAGGCCAAUCGAUAUUGAACAAAUAAACCUGAAAGGCACAAACAUUCUUGAGGCAUGGAGGAGUCAUCCGGUCACACGAUCUCUGAGCCGCCUCAAAGACGGGCAGGAUGAGUUGCGACACGACCCGGCUAACUUGGGGCAAACAUGGACGCCCGCAACACCAGGCACCAACUGCGUAUACACCAGUACAAACGAGCAUUUCCUACGCGAGACAUGGCACCGACCUUUCCUUCCCUUGAACAGGGAAAUUGAAGAAAACCAGAUGACGCCCAGAUUCGUCGACGGUGCUAUCACAAGAUUUAGCCCUCUGCGAGAGUACCUCUGGACAGCCUUCCGAACGCACAUGAUAUCUCUAAAACCACCAGUAGAAGAGCUCCCGCACCUCCGAGCCCCAUGGACUGCCCGAGAUCGAAAACUCUACCGAGGGGUGUUGUUGACCCAGUACAACAGCAUCCAACCUGCGCCAGCGGAACUAUCCCACUACACUGUCCCCGAGGGCCAGGAGACAGCCUGGGGGGAUUUGUCGCUGAACCAUUCAUGGGUCGGGAGUAGGGAGGCUUGGGAUCAUUAUAACCAGAUACACGGCCAAGGCCAUCGCGAGUGGCCUCAUGUGGUUCAUGUGAAAGCAUAUCCUUCGCCAUCGCCCACGACACAUCAAACUUGCACAAACAUGUGGCGAACUGCUUGGAAAGAUGGGUUUAACUCGGAGCACAAGCGUGACCAAAAGGCAAUCAUGUACUUAAGUUCGCAGCACAAAGCCACGUUUGCCGUUUCUUUUGAGAGGACAACGAAUGGUUCCCGAGCCAGCUGA